CUCAGAACGCAAUGAAUCUUUAGUACGAACGGUCGCUAGGUAUAAAUCAGCGCAAGGCAACGACGCCGUAGAAGAAAAGUUUUCUGUGACCUAACAAUCACUUGACACUGUCUGAUAAAUAUCAAAAAAGAAACAAAACUAAAACCAAAACCAAAACAAACUGCAAAAAACAUAUCUUGAAUAAAUUCUAAAUCUGUGUAAUAUUUGAAAACAAAAAAUUAAUCAUAAAAUUUUCACAUAAUGAAAUUGAGUGACAAGAAAUCAAACAUCAUCCGCACCGAAUUCAAUUGGAAGAAUUUCGGCUUCUCCUACAACAACUUGGAUGAAUUCUAUAGAUCGCAGUGGCAGCGGAAGGAGACAAGCUUCUGGUACUUGUUGUAUCGUUGGCUAUGGGCUCUAUUUUUUCUCAGUGUAUUUUUUUGCUGCCUGGUCCAGCAAUUUACCAAUGGAAAAUUCUUCAUAUUCUUUACAAAUUGGGGCUUUUUGCUUUGUGUAGCCACACAACUUUUGGGUGUACUAUUGGUCACAAGAUGGCAUUUUGAUAUCGGAGCUGUACGUUCGUCGUUUUAUGAAGUGUCUCAAUUACGAAAAACCCCCAGGCUGCUUAGACUAUACUGGCUUUUGUAUGAUUUAGCGAUGCCGGUGGCUCUUGUCAUAACAACUAUUUAUUGGGCAUUUUUACACGGAAAAAUGAAUAAGCCCAACCGUUUUCCUGUCCUUAGUUUCUCAACACACUGCCUCAAUUCGGUGUUCAUGCUGGUGGAUUUUCUGAUAAUUGGAUUUCCGGUCCGUUUGUUGCACACCCUAUAUGCUAUGUUGGUGCCCAUUGUGUUUUUCUGCUUUACCCUGGUCUAUUACCUUUGCGGAGGAACGGAUGACGUUGGAAAUCAUUAUGUGUAUCCAAUGCUGGAUUGGACACAGCCCAGCCGUUGCGUUAUAACAUUCAUUGGCAUCUUUAUUCUGUACUGCAUUUAUCCCACCCUACUUUAUGGCAUCUACAGAGUAAAGCGAUUUUUCCUACAUAAAUCAGUGGAGAGCGACCGGUCAGUCCAUCGUGUGGGCUUAAUUUGAGCACAUUUCGUCCAUGUUUUGGUACACCUACAUAUCUACCUCCAAACCUAAACGGAUACCUCUUCCAGUUCACAAGUAUCUGCGAAUCAGCCAAACCCCAUCAACACUGUCGGCGACAUGUUCCACAUAUAUACGUAGGUUAAGUAGAAUUCCCCCGAGUCCCCCAAGUAAUUUGUGUUCCUUUUUAUACCCUACACCAAUACUGUGGUACUAAUACCCUGUAGCUUAGUGCAUUGGUAAGUGUACCGAUUGACUCAGAAUCACUUUCUGAUUCGAUUUAGCUUUGUCCGUCUGUCUGUCAAAGCCAAGAGACAAAACCUAUUGAAAUUCCAAAAUAUUGUUUUACACAACUGUUGACAUUUUUGUUAAAUUUUAUAAAAAUCGGCUCAGAUUGAUUUUAAACUAACAUUGCCCUAUUUGCACUUAUAGGGCCGUAGUUGAACAUAUUGGCCCGAAAUUUGAUGCGUAUACUAUAACCUCUCCCGAGACCUAUCAAAAUUGGUUCAGAAUUAGAUAUUGCUCCUACUUUGUACUUAUAGGGUAGGUGUAGGGCAUUAUGUAGUCCGCACCGCCGGACUUUUGUCUUUCCUCCUUUCUGGUUUCUCUUUGUAAAAUUUAAAAUAUUUUAAUUGUCUUUAUGGGGCACUCAUGUAGGUUCAUUAUUAUCUAUUGUAAAUCGUAGGAUUAGCACAAUUAGACUCUAAUUAAAUGCGAUGGUAUUAACAAGUGUAACGUACUCUUUAAGCUUCGAAUGUUUAGGUGACUAUGAUAUUUUUAAACAGUAGAAUAGAAACUCAAUAGAAAUAAGAUAGAUUUAAAUAUAAAAAAUCUUAAGUUAACCAUUUAUGACUAAAGAACGGGUCAUUGAACCUUUCGAAACGUUAUCAAAAAAUUGUACACGAGUACGUAUGUGAUUUUGAAUUUAAAAAGACUUUGAAGUUGUGAAAUAAAUUGAAAGAUUUGCUUUA